UUUGUUGUUUUAUUUUUUGAAAUUAAAUACAAGAAUAACUUUGAUUUAAUACAAGAGGAUAAAUAAUGGAUAAUAUUAUAAGAGGAUUUGUACGAAUUUCUAUUGGAAAAAUGAACACAAAAAAUGAAAAAAUAUUUAUUGGCAUAUGAAUUCAAGGUUGUUAAAAAUGUGAAUAAAAAGAUGGAAAAAUAAAAUUUUGUCAGGAUUAAUAAAAUAAUUAAAAAUUGAAAUUGAUAAUUUUUAAUUAAAUUAUUUUCAGCGAUUUGAACGACAAAAAUGCCAAAUUUAUUUUUAAUAUUUUUACUCUUGCCAAUAUUCUGGAAAAUUACUUAUUACUCUUCAACAUCCACUACUGAUGAUCCACCCGCAACUACCACAAUACCAAAUGUGGUCACAACAUUGCCAACUAAUAAUGGAGAUAACGUGACUAGUACUAUUCCGGUGAUGAAAAAUCUGACUUUACUGGAUCCUAUUCUAGCUGAUGAUGAUAACAACAUUAAUACAACAACAGUUUCUUCCGUCUCCAACACUUCCACCCCUUCGCUUUUAAAUAUAACAUUAAUUCCUCAAACUUCAUCAGAAAUGACAACAAACACAACAACAAAUUUUAAUGUCUCAACACAAAAUCCAAAUGAGACAAAUAAGAUUAUCUCGAAAGAUUCAACCGAACAUGUUGAAAAACAAGAAAGGUCUAUUUUAACUGAUGGUUCUGAUUCUUCUUCCCAAUCAAUCGAGGAAAGGGAUGAUAAUGAAAAAAUUGAAGGAAGUAAAAAUAAUAUUCCGAAUGUUUUGGAAGAUAAAAAACAAGUUGAUAAUACACAAAAACUUCCAGACAAAAUUCCAACUAGAUUACUAAUUUAUGCCGUUCAACGUAAUUCAAACUAUGUGGAAGAAGAUUUUGGCGGAGCAAAUUCGGCAGCUUCAACUGACAAAACUAAUGUUGAAGCAUCUAAAGAAGAUAGUGGAUCAAAAGAAGAUAAAAAAAAUAAUUUUUCCGAUGCAAUGAAUAAAUUAAAUAAUCCAAUUGCAACUGCUCAACAACAAUUACAACAAACAAAUUCAGCAAUUUCUGAAGCUUUAGCACAACAACAACAACCCCAACCAAUUAAUAUUCCAAUUCCAAAUACUCCAAAUAUUAUAUUUACUAGUGCUCAAGGUAAUGUAACUUUACAAAGAGGACCAAAUUUUUUAUCUGUCGAAACUUCAAUGGGACAACAUUAAAUUAAAAGAAAUAAAUUAAUAUUUUACGUUUAUUUUUAAUAAAGUUGAACUAUAAGUAAAUACCGUAAAUGCUCAAAUAAUUACCCUCCUCCCUGUUAAUUACUCCCUCCAGUGCGAGGUUGAACCAAUAUUUACUCUGGUUAAUUAUUUUAGCAUAUACGACAACAAAAAUGGUUUUUUUCAUUUUCCCGCUUUUGACUUUCCGUUUUAUACAAACGGAACUUUUUCUCAAAUUUUUUUUCUCGUGCAUAAAUUUAAUACCUUGCUU